CUCCCAGCCAGCGCCAAUCCUUCAGUGCCUGCGCACCACGUGCCUGGGGUGCACACAGGUCCCUUUGCGGAGUCUAGGGCGCAGGGCACGCAGUGCAAGAGUGAGCAUGCUGUGCAGCGGGCGCCACCUCUCUUGUGCUUUGUUCUGCCUGGGCUCUUGUUUUCAGAGGCGGUGGAAAUCCUGACUUCGUCCUCCCUAGAUGGCAGGGACGGCACGCCAUGACCGGGAGAUGGCCAUCCAGGCCAAGAGAAAGCUCACCACGGCCACUGACCCCAUUGAAAGACUCCGACUGCAAUGCUUGGCCAGGGGCUCCGCGGGCAUCAAAGGACUUGGCAGAGUGUUUCGAAUUAUGGAUGACAAUAACAACCGUACCCUUGAUUUUAAAGAAUUUGUGAAAGGGUUAAAUGAUUAUGCUGUGGUCAUAGAAAAGGAAGAGGCAGAAGAGCUUUUCCAGAGGUUUGAUAAAGAUGGAAAUGGAACAAUAGACUUCAAUGAAUUUCUUCUCACAUUAAGACCUCCAAUGUCCAGAGCCAGAAAAGAGGUAAUUAUGCAAGCAUUUAGGAAGUUAGACAAGACUGGAGAUGGUGUUAUAACAAUUGAAGACCUUCGCGAGCUGUAUAAUGCAAAACACCAUCCAAAAUACCAAAAUGGAGAAUGGACCGAGGAACAAGUAUUCAGGAAAUUUCUGGAUAAUUUUGAUUCACCCUAUGACAAAGAUGGAUUGGUGACCCCAGAGGAGUUUAUGAACUACUACGCAGGGGUGAGCGCAUCCAUUGACACCGAUGUGUAUUUCAUCGUCAUGAUGAGAACCGCCUGGAAGCUCUAAAUGUAUGACCUUGGGACCAGGGCCUUGAGUACAGCCACAUGGCUCCAAAUGGUUAAACAUCAGCUCAAAACCAGGAUCAUAUCUGAGUUCACGUUCAUCCCAGUGUUUGUUUCACGUCAAAACAGGUUGUAUUUUCUACAGCAGAAAUAGACACAACUAAGUAGCGAAUUAUAACUUAACUUUGCUGAGGCCGUUUCCUUAGCUAUAAAAUAGGCAUUAAUCAAAAUAGGAUCUGUAAAGCUCCUAGAACCAGGCUGACAUAUACAGGUGUCUAAUAGACAUUAGGUGUCUUCCUUGGCCAUUAAUAAAAGUUUGAAUAUUUUAAUUAUAAUCCUCACCCAUGCACCCAUUCUUUCUCCACCUUCCUUUAGAGGGUCCAUUUCUGUUUGGGAGAAUUCAUCUGUUUUUAUCUCUGACUAUAAAUCUUUAAGUGCUUCAGUUCCAAUUUGGGGACCAGAAGGAGACUACCUGCUAGCCAGUUUCCAUGACUGAGUCUUGAGUUUCUCUGACUAUGAUUUAGGGAAGCCUCAGUUUGACAAAUAGAUUUAAAAUGGCAUUUUGGGGGUCAUUUUAAAGGCUGGUGUGAGAGGCCGGUCUGGUGGCCUAGUGGUUAAGUGCACGUGCUCCGCUUCUGCAGCCCGGGGUUCGCAGGUUCGGA